ACUCAGAUCCAGGAGAUGGUCCACUCGGACGCCGCAUCCUACGAUUCCAACCGCCAAGUGCCCCUGCUCAACCGCCCCGGGAUGCUGGCCGGCCCCAUGAGCGCCCUCAGCCAGUCCCAGCUCAUCUCUCAGAUGGGGAUGAGGAGUGGUGUCGCCCACGGCUCCCCCUCGCCCCCGGGAAGCAAGUCUGCUACACCAUCUCCCUCCAGCUCUACUCAGGAAGAGGAGACGGAGUCACAUUACAAGGCUACUGGAGAGAAAAGACCAUCAACAGACCUGGGCAAGAAGCCCAAAAGCCAAAAGAAGAAGAAAAAGAAGGACCCCAAUGAGCCCCAGAAGCCCGUGUCAGCCUACGCCCUGUUUUUCAGAGACACACAGGCAGCCAUCAAAGGGCAAAACCCCAAUGCCACCUUUGGAGACGUGUCCAAAAUCGUGGCAUCCAUGUGGGACAGUUUGGGAGAAGAACAAAAACAGGCAUACAAGAGGAAAACAGAAGCUGCGAAGAAGGAGUACCUGAAAGCUCUGGCUGCAUACCGGGCCAGCCUCGUCUCCAAGAGCUCUGCCGACCAGGGGGAGACGAAAAGCGCCCAGAGCAACCCACCUUCCAAAAUGAUCCCCCCCAAGCAGCCCAUGUACCCGAUGCCUCCACAGGCUUCCUCGCCCUACCCCGGCCUGGGCUCCUUCCUGUCCCCGUCGGACCUGCAGAACUACCGCGGCCACCCCCACGCCGGGCUGUCCCGGACCCUCAGCUCCAAGCCCAUGCUGCCCAGCAUCAGUGCCUCCCCCCCGCCCUCCUUCCAGAUCAGCCCCCCGCUCCACCAGCAGCUGUCCUUGCACCACCCGCAGAGCUCCCUCCUCAGCCAGCCCCUCAGCAUGCAGCAGGUCCCCCAGCAGCCCCUCCUGUCCCCCCCCAUGGCACUACAGGUACAGCCCCCCAUGAACGCCUCGCCUCCCGGGCAGCAGGACUUCUCCCAUAUUUCGUCUGAGUUUCAGAACAGUGUUGGACCCCGUUCGCCCGGCGCAUCAAACCCUCCAGGAAGCACUGAGUGGGACAACGACUACCCCAGCAGAGAGUGUGGGGUCAACCACUGCAGCAUGCUGCCAAGGGACAAGGCACUCUACCUCACCUAAGGCUCACCACCCCUUUUGGAGGAGGCUCAGAGGAAGGACACUUGAGAGGGUCUAUCCCACGGACCACCCCGGGCAGGCACGAGCAAGUCGUACGGGCGGGAGAGCUGCCACUUGCACCUCGUCGCUGGCUUCGUUCCCAGGCUCUGAGAGCAGUUUUGGUUUUUUGGUUUUGUUUUUUUUUUUU